UAAAAAUGUGUCUGAUGACCGUUCAACUCUCAUCGAUCAAGAUGGAGGUGUAUAUAAUCAUUCUCACCCUAACCAUUGUACUUUCAUCUAGUGCUGAAUUUGAACAUGAAGCUUUGGAAUAUGUUGCAUGCUCUGAUGUGGAACAGGAGUAUUACAUUGGAUAUGAUGAAGAGGAGGUGGGGCAUGUCGACUUUAAACAGAAGAGAGGAGUAAUGACAUUACCUGAUUUUAUGGGAUCCACAACAUAUCCCGGAUUUUAUGAAAUCGGUGCUGAUGCAAUACAGAGAUGCAAACGAGAAUUACCAAAUUUUGAUAUUGCUUUCAAGAGCCUACCAUUAGAAAUGGAUGCACCCCAGACUUCAUUAUAUCCAAAGGAUGAUGUGCAGCUGGGUGUUCAAAACACCAUCAUUUGUCAUGUGACUGGCUUCUAUCCUCCAUCUGUGAACAUCUCAUGGACUAAGAAUAAUGUUAAUGUAUCAGAGGGCAUGAGUUUAAGUCAAUACCGCCAAAGAAUGGAUGAUACCUUCAACAUAUUUUCUACUCUUAAGUUUACACCUGCUGAAGGAGACUUUUACAGCUGCACGGUGAACCACAGAGCCCUCCAAGGUCAACCACAGACCAAAACAUGGGAUGUUGAUGUUGCCCUCCCAAGUGUUGGUCCAGCAGUGUUAUGUGGAGUGGGUCUGACUCUUGGACUGUUGGGAGUAGCUGUGGGAACAUUCUUCUUCAUUAAAGGACACAUAACUGACUAGAGCCAUGGAAGCAAACUUUUGACUUUGAAAUAGUUAUUGAACAUGAAAUAUAGGAAAUUAAACAUACAUUUGAAAAUGAGAUAUAAAUGAAUCACAGUGUAAUUAGUGUAAUACUUUGCUGCUGUAAGGGACAAGUUUUAAGGUUUUGUUCAUGUUUUAGCUCAGUUUUGACCUGUUUCUUGGGAUUUCAAUGUGGUGAUUCAUUUGCACACCUGCUAUUCAUUGCAUUAAAUUGGUUUGGUCUGUGUGCCAGGAAAUAACUCAGAUUGUUGUGAAUUUUUUCCCCCUGUUAUAGUAUGCAUUUUUUUGUGUCUAGAACGAUUCUGUAUC